AAUUGAUUGUUUACGAAUUGAUUGAUAGUUUCCAUUUUAAAAUUUUAUGUUACUAGUUACAAUUCUUUAUGUACCUUGUGUUUUUGAUUACCUGCUGUUAUUCUUAGUACCAUUAUGUCAUCAUCAACAAGUGCUCCCGCUAAAAAAACUGUGAAACAUUCUGCUCGUAAUCCUAAAAAAAGUGCAAAGCCCUCUAGUGCAAGGAGCACUGGUCAUAAAAGCGGGGAGUCUAAAACAGGUAAAAAUGCAGAAGCAAGUAGUUCAGCUGCUGGAGGAUCGGGAGAUAGUUCAAUAUUAAGUGGAAAAAAAGAAAUUUGCAUCCGAGUGAUUGAUGAUUGCAAAAACCUGGAGGAAAAAUUCUCAUGUCCUUAUGACAUUCUCAUCAGCCGCAUGCCUUAUUUCAAAGACUGUUUAGACAGUGAGCCCGAAGGAGAGUUGACCAUAUCUGUCCACUGUGAUAUUGUGGUUUUUAGAAAAAUAAUGGACUACAUUCUAUCAGACUCGGGGCCUGGAAGUAAAAAAUUUAAAUUUGAUCCAAAGUAUGCCAUCCACCUUCUUGUUUCAGCAGAUUUUCUACAGAUGUCAACUUUAGUUGAUGAGUGUUUGAACUAUUGUCACAGGCAUAUGAAUAGUGUUAUUGAAAAUAAUUGCCCAAUCGGUGCUUUGAAUGAUGACCUUUUGACUCGUUUAGCAUUGCUGUUUAAUCACAGAGAAGUGGAAUCUUUAAAGGAUCCUGGUGGUAAGAUAAAAGAGAAAUUAUAUAAAAUUCUGUUAGAUCGGUUAUUGAAACCAGAAGCUAAACUUCCAAACCAAAGAAUCAUUCCAAAAUUGAUGAAGUGCAGUUUAUGUGAGCAAGUCUUCGCAACAAAAUUACAAGGAUAUGUUCCAUGUAAAUCGAAAAAAGCUACCAUAGGUCCAAGAGGAGAAUUAAUUUAUACCCAUAAAAGAGAAAUGACUUGGAAUGUGGACCGGUAUUUAGAAGAUCAAUAUCAAGCUUGCCAGUCUUGGAGAAAAAUUUACUGGCGUGUCUGGGGACUAAUUAACAGUUUGCAAUGUGUUACCUGUGGCAUUCACUUUUCUUGUUGUGACUUUAACAGGUGUCCUUACCAUAAAGAAACAAUUACAUUCCCUUCAACUGAUCAAGCUGAGAAUGUGCACAAACCUGGUACCUUUUCUUGUUGUGGAGCUAAAGCUUAUAAAUUUGAUCCAAUAGACCCUUUAUUUCUUUUAUCUGGCUGUGCAUUUCGCAAUCAUACUGUCAAUGCAUCUAAAAGAUCUUCUGACGUAUUCCAAGACAUGCUGACAUAUUUUGAUUUAAUUUGCCUUCCCCAAUCAACCAAGCCCAUACCAAAUGAAAACAUUGGUUUGGAUCGGAUUACACCUUGUCACAGUGAAAGGGCAUUGAUUCAAUGGUUGAAGGCAUUAAAACCUAACAGUGCUGAAUUGAAAAAGGUGGGGUCAAAGCUAAGUGUUUCUUCAGAUGGCAGUGGUUCUGUGAAUAGAUCUGCUGAAAGUCUUGCAGUUGGAAUUGCAAGAAAAGAAGAAAAACAACCUUCUGUUUUCACUCCUCUUCUCUCAGCUUUGGAACAAACUGAUGGAACACCAGACCUAAAGCAAGUCUGGAAGCCAGGUGGCUCCCUUUGGCACAAUCAAGAUGCAGUCAGAGAACAUGAUACUCGUCAGAUGGAGCUACUAAUGCUAGAAUUGCAAAAGAUGCAAUGCAAUGUAAGAUCAAGGCAUAGUUCACCUGGCAGAAGCUUAGACAGAUUUGUGCCUUAAGUUGAAAUUGAAUAGCUUCUAGGAAAAAUAAGCAAUAUUUAAUGAGUCUUUUGAGCCCAAAGCAUCUAUUUAUUUGACUGUUUUAUUUAGUAAUUUAUUUAUUGUUACAUAUUGUGUUAGUCCAUUUUCAUUUCAACAUUAGUUUACUGCACUAAUUUUAUUAGCAUAUUAUGUAUAAGGGUGUUAUUUAUCUCUGUAUAAAUAUUUAUACGGGUAUUUUUUUUCUCUUUAAUUAUUCAAUUUAAACACGCAGCAUGAUUUUAAAAUUGCAUGCAUCUAAAAAUCUGACAACCUGUUGAAAUACCAUGCCAAAGCUUCAUUUAUAUUUAUCUUAGUUUUUUACCACUCAAAAUUGAGGUUUUAAAUUCUUUCCUUUUUUUUCUUCAGUCUAGUUGUCAUAAAACAGUAAAAUAUAAUCGUGUAGCCAUUGAGUUAUAGAAUACUGCUACAUCGUGCUAUUCUUUGCGAAUAUGCUGCAUUUCUCUCUUUUUUUUAAUUGUUCAAUGCUUUAUUUUUUAUAUUUAGAUGCUUGUCAGAUUGAGUUACUAAUGCUAGAAUUG